AUGGUUGGCUUCAAUUACCUCUUGCCUGCCCUGAUUUUUAAUCUCAAAAUAUGGAAUACAAACAUCAUCGGUCCGCUUGAAGAGGGUGUGACGGCCUUCAACGGCCAGUCUCGGGGUACUGUCACAUCUGUGCAUGGGUACAAUACGACUGUAAAUGGCACCGUCAUUCACAUGGACGACUUCUUCAGCCUGUACCCCGACAACAAAACCUACGCCAUUAGCCCGCGCGGUCUCUUCGUCACCGAGGAUGGAGUUAAGAUUGGUGUUGAAGCGAGUGGUUACUUUGACAACAUCCCUCAUGUUCAAGCUAUUUUCAACAAGGAACCCGGUGUUAACGGGACGGACUUUGGAGAGAUUCCCUCUGGGUCCGUCUGGACGUUUAAGACUGGUCACCCAAAGUAUAAAGAUCUCGGCGAAUCGAUGUUUGUAGGUAAUUUCCGACUUUUCCCUGGUGACGCCGAUAACUCUUCCUUCUUCAAUGUCGAGUAUCGAUUGGCCAAAAUCCUUCCGGGACCUCCCUGUAAAUAG